ACCAACAAACAACUUGUUCAUAAACAAAUUUGGAAUUUAACUAAACUGCAUUCAAAAUAUGUAUAAACAUCUUGGAAUUCAUUAAUAUUCAACAAAUGCAAAAAACAAUUUUUAUUUAAUUUUUGUAUUUAUCUAUAAAAAUAGAUACCAAGUUUGCGAAACACACACAACAAAUACCAUUAAGGAAAAAAAAACAGAAGAAGAAAAACGUCACACAACCAAAAAGGGGGAAAUUGGUGUGAGUGAAAGAGUGAACAAAUCAACACCACAAAAAUAACAACAAAAACAGAAGAAAAAAAUAACACACAUACACUAAAAAAACAUACGAGGUGGUUGUUCAACUAGCGAAUACGAAGAAGAACAAGCAGCAACACCAUACAACAACCAGCAGUAGCAACCACAGCAACAACAAAAGUAGUAAUAAAAAUACAACAACAACAUUAAACAAAAUACACAAGCAAAAGAAACGGUAAAACGAAGAAGCAGCAGAUACAAGAAGACAAAUAUGAACUAAUUUUUUUUUUCUGAACGAAAUUCACACAAAAAAGAAAAGUAACUGAACGGCAGAGACCGAGAAAGAGAUACACAAAGAGUGAAGAAAAAAAAAACCAAAACGAAACGAACGUAUAAUGAAAUAUAAAAUCAUUUUUAUUGUAAAAAAAUAAAGCAAAAGUAAAUUUUUUGAUGGUACGCAAAUUUCAACAAAAAAAUUAAAUUAAAAGAAAACGAAAAUAUUAUUUGAACAGUAAACACAUGAUAAAUAUUCCAAUUACAAGAAGAACCAAUAAGAUACUGAAUUAAAAGUUAUAAUUAAAGCAAAUCGUUUAGGACUUGAAAUAAAAAAUUUACAAAAUUGAAAUUGAAAAAGUUAAUAAAAAUUUCCUAAAAAUGCUGGAUGUUAUAGAAACUAGGAGAACGGCUGCGUGAGCAGACACUCUCUCUCAUCCAUCCCCCCACAAAAGCACAAUAUUGUGUAAGUGCGAGUGUGUAUGAAUGACGGUGGAGCACAUCACCAGCAAAAAGAAUUAGCGGCCAGCAAGAUUAUCUCUACAUUUAUUGAAAGUAUUUAACAAAAAAAUAAAAAAAAAAUAUAUAGAAAAGAAAAUAAUAAAAGCAACACAACAGAAACCAAACGAAAGAAGAUAAACUAAACUAACUAGUGGAGUUAAAUAAAUAAAAAAGAGUGAGCGCCAAUUAAUAAUAAUUUUAAAGAAAUCUUCAAGAUUUAACACCACAACAAAACACAACAAUAACAGCAAAAGCAGCAACAUCAGCUGGAAAGGAAAAACAACAAACAAAUAUUGAAGAAGCAACAAAAAGAAAAAAGAGGACUUGAACCAGCUCCUUAAAUAAACUACCAACUAUACAAUACCAUACUAACUUUAGUAAAUAAAUAAAUAAUACACAACUUGACAUCACAUUUUUGUUGAAACCAAAUAAAAUGUAUGGCAAAUCGAAAACGUCGUCGGUGCCUUCAGAUGCUCAGGCCCGUGAGAAAUUAGCACUGUAUGUGUACGAAUACCUGCUGCAUGUGGGAGCCCAAAAAGCUGCACAAACUUUCCUCUCUGAAAUAAGAUGGGAGAAAAACAUAACAUUGGGUGAGCCACCAGGUUUCCUGCACACAUGGUGGUGCGUGUUUUGGGACCUAUACUGCGCGGCACCCGAAAGACGUGAUCAGUGCGAUCAUUCAUCAGAGGCCAAGGCCUUCCACGAUUACGGUUUUGUUAGUUCGGGCUAUGGCGUUAAUGGUAUUGGCCCUGGAGGUCCUCACAGUGCCGGCGGUCCAGCGCCCAGUCCACUCGGACAAAUGCCACCCGGUGGCGAGGGUCCUAUGGGACCAGGCGGUCCAAUGGGAGCGAAUUUCUUCCCCAGUUCCACAAUGAGACCUUCUCCACCAACACAUGCGUCAAGUCCGCAACCCCCACCAUCACAAAUGAUGCCUGGCCAGCCCCCCUUUAUGGGUGGACCACGAUAUCCGGGUGGUCCGCGGCCCGGCGUGCGUAUGCAAGGUAUGGGCAAUGAAUUUAACGGUCCCCCAGGACAACCCAUGAUGCCGAACAGUAUGGAUCCAACGCGGCCGGGUGGCAUGGGUCCCAUGAAUCCUCGCAUGAAUCCUCCCAGAGGGCCGGGAGGCAUGGGUCCCAUGGGCUAUGGCGGACCAGGUGGCAUGAGAGGUCCAGCACCCGGACCGGGUGGUAUGCCGCCCAUGGGUAUGGGCGCUGGCGGAAGACCACCGCAAUGGCAGCCCAAUGCGACAGCACCUAUGAACGCGUAUUCGUCAUCAUCGCCUGGCAAUUAUGGUCCCGGGCCGGGCUCUAACGGUCCGCCCGGACCUGGUACACCCAUAAUGCCCUCGCCGCAAGAUAACACACAAGCGGGCCCUGGCGGUCCUGGCGAUAACAUGUACUCGCUAAUGAAACCAGAAUUUCCCAUGGGCGGAGGCCCUGACGGCGGCGGUGGCGGACCUGGUGGCAUGGGUCCCAUGGGUGGCGGUCCCAACUCAAUGGGCCCUGUACUUAACGGUGGGGCCGGUGAUGGCACCGGUCUUGAUGGUAUGAAAAACUCACCAGCCAACGGAGGACCCGGUACGCCCCGAGAAGAUUCGGGCAGUGGAAUGGGUGACUAUAAUCUGGGCGGCUUUGGGGGGCCCGGAGAGAAUGAUCAAACGGAAUCGGCGGCUAUACUCAAAAUCAAAGAAAGUAUGCACGAAGAAGCGAAAAGAUUUGAAAAAGAUUCAGAACAUCCUGACUAUUUUAUGCAAUAACCGCCCGGACAAAAUAUACCACCACCAGCACCACAUCCCCCAACACAAACACCACAACAGCAGCAACAACCAUCAACAUCAGCAACCACAACAAUUACACCACAUAGUAAUUCCUCCUCCAACUCCUGCUCAUCCUACAGCAAUUACCAACAAAACAAUGCCACCUGUGCGGUAAGUGGUGCAGUAACAAACGAUGACGAAACAAAUGCAGCAGCCUCAGCCGCUGCCGCAGCAGCAUUACAAGCCGUCAAUAUGAUGAAUAGCACCAUUAAAGAUCCCUCAAAUUCAUCAUCGACAUCAGCGGCGGCCUCGACUCUUACCACGGCCAUGCUUCAGCAUUUAUGGUCAUCUAUGGCAGCAGCCACAGCAGCGGCAGCCUCCAAACAUCAAGAAAAAUUCUUAGAUACUUAAGAAACGUAUAAAUGUAUGAUUCCUUCUCUCUAAUCUAAAACUACUCUAUUACUCUACUUUCUAACAACUCCACUCCAUUCUAAAUCAAUCUCCAAGAUAAACCUUAUGAUGAUAAAAACAUGAAAAUGAUGAUGAUGAAUGAUACUGAAAUCUCUUCUCUCAAAUGCAUUGGCAACAGUUGAAGAAGUAAAACAACACAAAAAACCAUUUUAACUUAAGCAGCAAAGAUAGAAACAAAAACAAACAUUAUUACUGGUAAAUGGCAUUAAACAAACAAAUAAAAAAAAAUUAAAUAAUUUUUUUUUUUUUAAAUUAUUAUUUUAUUUUGUAAAUUAAUUAUUUUUUUUGAUGAGAAAACCUAAAAAACAAGAUAAAAAAGAAAAGAAAAAAAUAAACCACAACAACAAUUAUUAUAUUAUAUAAAAAUUAAGCCUAAAAAUUAUAUAUAUAUAAAGUUUUAUAAAACAUAAAGAAAAAAACACAAAAAAAAAUAAAUAAAUUAUUUCAAAAAUAUUACAAAAAACGAAACCAAA